UGCACUCCUGGGCGACAGAGCGAGACCCUGUCUCCAAAAAAAAAUAAAAGAAAGAAAAAAAAAUGCGGAAGUUGUAUCCAAUUAAGAAACGCAGUCCCUCGGGACCUGCUAGUUUUAAACCCCGGAGGAUCCUCCCCGGCGGGCUGGCACGGGAGGUGCAGAAAGAGGCUUGGGACACACGGGCCUGCUUCAAAGCUUUGGGAUAACAGCGCCUCCGUUUUCAGUCGACUUCAGAUGUGUCUCCACUUUUUUCCGCUGUAGCCGCAAGGCAAGGAAACAUUUCUCUUCCCGUACUGCGGAGGCUGAGGAGUGCACUGGAUGUUCUUUUCUCCUCUAACCCAGAACUGCGAGACAGGGGCUGAGUCUCUGCAGAGAACAGCUCCAGAAAAGCCAGGAGAGCGCAGGAGGGCAUCCGGGAGGCCAGGAGUGGUUUGCUGGGGCCUCAACCGCGCCCGCAACGGUCCCACCUGCGAGGGGGCGGGACCUCGUGGCGCUGGACCAAUCAGCACCCACCUGCGCUCACCUGGCCUCCUCCCGCUGGCUCCCGGGGGCUGUGGUGCUCAAAGGGGCAAGAGCUGAGCGGAGCACCGGCCCGCCGUCGCGGCAGCUGCCUCACCCCUCUCUCUGCAGCCAUGGGGCUCCCUCGUGGACCUCUCGCGUCUCUCCUCCUCCUCCAGGUUUGCUGGCUGCAGUGCGCGGCCUCCGAGCCGUGCCGGGCGGUCUUCGGGGAGGCUGAAGUGACCUUGGAGGCGGGAGGCGCCAAGCAGCAUCCCGGCCAAGCGCUGGGGAAAGUAUUCAUGGGCUGCCCUGGGCAAGAGCCAGCUCUGUUUAGCACUGAUAAUGAUGACUUCACUGUGCGGAAUGGCGAGACAAUCCAGGAAAGAAGGUCGCUGAAGGAAAGGAAUCCAUUGAAGAUCUUCCCAUCCAAACGUAUCUUACGAAGACACAAGAGAGAUUGGGUGGUUGCUCCAAUAUCUGUCCCUGAAAAUGGCAAGGGUCCCUUCCCCCAGAGACUGAAUCAGCUCAAGUCUAAUAAAGAUAGAGACACCAAGAUUUUCUACAGCAUCACAGGGCCGGGGGCAGACAGCCCACCUGAGGGUAUCUUCGCUGUAGAGAAGGAGACAGGCUGGUUGUUGUUGAAUAAGCCACUGGACCGGGAGGAGAUUGCCAAGUAUGAGCUCUUUGGCCACGCUGUGUCAGAGAAUGGUGCCUCAGUGGAGGACCCCAUGAACAUCUCCAUCAUUGUGACUGACCAGAAUGACCACAAGCCCAAGUUUACCCAGGACACCUUCCGAGGGAGUGUCUUAGAGGGAGUCCUACCAGGUACUUCUGUGAUGCAGGUGACAGCCACGGAUGAGGAUGAUGCCAUCCACACCUACAACGGGGUGGUUGCUUAUUCCAUCCAUAGCCAAGAACCAAAGGACCCACACGACCUCAUGUUCACCAUUCACCGGAGCACAGGCACCAUCAGCGUCAUCUCCAGUGGCCUGGACCGGGAAAAAGUCCCUGAGUACACACUGACCAUCCAGGCCACAGACAUGGAUGGGGACGGCUCCACCACCACGGCAGUGGCAGUAGUGGAGAUCCUUGAUGCCAAUGACAAUGCUCCUGUGUUUGACCCCCGGAAGUAUGAGGCCCGUGUGCCUGAGAAUGCAGUGGGCCAUGAGGUGCAGAGGCUGACAGUCACUGAUCUGGAUGCCCCCAACUCACCAGCGUGGUGUGCCACCUACCUCAUCGUGGGUGGUGACGACGGGGACCAUUUUACCAUCACCACCCACCCUGAGAGCAACCAGGGCAUCCUGACAACCAGGAAGGGUUUGGAUUUUGAGGCCAAAAACCAGCACACCCUGUACAUUGAAGUGACCAACGAGGCCCCUUUUGGGCUGAAGCUCCCAACCUCCACAGCCACUGUAGUGGUCCAUGUGGAGGAUGUGAAUGAGGCACCCGUGUUUGUCCCACCCUCCAAAGUCGUUGAGGUCCAGGAGGGCAUCCCCACUGGGGAGCCUGUGUGUGUCUACACCGCAAAAGACCCUGACAAGGAGAAUCAAAAGAUCAGCUACCGCAUCCUGAGAGACCCAGCAGGGUGGCUAGCCAUGGACCCAGACAGUGGGCAGGUCACAGCUGUGGGCACUCUAGACCGUGAGGAUGAGCGGUUUGUGAGGAACAACAUCUAUGAAGUCAUGGUCUUGGCCAUGGACGAUGGAAGCCCUCCCACUACUGGCACGGGAACCCUUCUGCUAACACUGAUUGAUGUCAAUGACCAUGGCCCAGUCCCUGAGCCCCGUCAGAUCACCAUCUGCAACCAAAGCCCUGUGCCCCAGGUGCUGAACAUCACGGACAAGGACCUGUCUCCCCACACCUCCCCUUUCCAGGCCCAGCUCACAGAGGACUCAGACAUCUACUGGAUGGCAGAGGUCAACGACAAAGGCGACACAGUGGUCUUGUCCCUGAAGAAGUUCCUGAAGCAGGACACAUAUGACGUGCACCUUUCUCUGUCUGACCACGGCAACAAGGAGCAGCUGACGGUGAUCAGGGCCACCGUGUGUGACUGCCACGGCCAUGUCAAGACCUGCCCUCCACGCUGGAAGGGAGGUUUCAUCCUCCCUGUGUUGGGGGCUGUCCUGGCUCUGCUGUUCCUCUUGCUGGUGCUGCUCUUGUUGGUGAGAAAGAAGCGGAAGGUCAAGGAGCCCCUCCUACUCCCAGAAGAUGACACGCGUGACAACGUCUUCUACUACGGCGAAGAGGGGGGUGGCGAAGAGGACCAGGACUAUGACAUCACCCAGCUCCACCGAGGUCUGGAGGCCAGGCCGGAGGUGGUUCUCCGCAAUGACGUGGCACCAACCUUCAUCCCCACACCCAUGUACCGUCCUCGGCCAGCCAACCCAGAUGAAAUCGGCAACUUUAUAAUCGAGAACCUGAAGGCGGCUAACACGGACCCCACAGCCCCGCCCUACGACUCCCUCUUGGUGUUCGACUAUGAGGGCAGCGGCUCUGACGCCGCGUCCCUGAGCUCCCUUACCUCCUCCGCUUCCGACCAAGACCAAGAUUACGAUUAUCUGAACAAGUGGGGCAGCCGCUUCAAGAAGCUGGCAGACAUGUACGGUGGCGGGGAGGACGACUAGGCCGCCUGCCUGCAGGGCUGGGGACCAAACGUCAGGCCACAGAGCAUCUCCAAGGGGUCUCAGUUCCCCCUUCAGCCGAGGACUUUGGAGCUUGUCAGGCAGCGGCCGUAGCAACUUGGCGGAGACAGGCUAUGAGUCUGACGUUAGAGCAGUUGCUUCCUUAGCCUUUCAGGAUGGAGGGCAGUUUGACUUCAGCACUGAAAACCUCUCCACCUGGGCCAGGGUUGCCUCAGAGGCCAAGUUUCCAGAAGCCUCUUACCUGCCGUAAAAUGCUUAGCCCUGUGUCCUGGGCCUGGGCCUGCUGUGACCGACCCACAAUGGACUUUCUCUCUGGAAUGGAACCUUCUUAGGCCUCCUGGUGCAACUUAAUUUUUUUUUUAAUGCUAUUUUCAAAACAUUGGAGAAAGUUCUUCAAAAGCGCAGCCCAGAGCUGCUGGGCCCACUGGCCGUCCUGCAUUUCUGGUUUCCAGACCCCGAUGCCUCCCGUUUGGAUGGAUCUCUGCAUUUUUAUACUGAGUGUGUCUAGGUUGCACCUUUUUUAUUUUCCCUGUUGCGUUGCUGUAGAUGAAGGGUGAGGACAACCGUGUAGAUGUACUAGAACUUUUUUAUUAAAGAAACUUUUCCCAGA